UGGACAACAAAAGGCUCGUAGGAGUUUAAAGUGAGGCAGCUGUGAGGGAGCGCAACAGACGAACUGAUCUCUUCAACAUGAAUCCUGCUCUGGUGGUGUUGGCGUUGUCACUGCUGGCCACAGUGGCAGCUCAGUCUCAUGACCAUUAUGACAUGGAAUGGGUCAACGGCUACCGGCAGGGCUUCAACUUCCAGUGUCCCCACGGUGAGGUCCUGGUGGCCAUCAGGAGCUACUUCAGUGAACAAGACGGCUCGGACCGGCUGUGGACGUUUGAGUGUCAGCCCACACCUGAGGGUCUGGGGGAGCCCAGUGACUGCUGGUGGGACGACAUCAACCGUGCUGGGAUGGAGUGGACUUCAACAUGCACCCGCAAUGGACUGGUAGCCGGUGUUCAGAGCAAGUACUUUGAGUCCGUUCUUGACCGUGAAUGGCAGUUCUACUGCUGCUACUACAAACGUCGCUGUCCCUACUCCUGCAUGAAAACCAGUGACAUUCCUGAACACUACAGAGAAGAGGGCGAGCUGGUUGUCCCCACUUACGGCUACUUCAUCCGAGGUGCCCAGACCACCUUCAGUGGAGUGCUAAGAGAUCGGCAGUGGAAGUACAUCCUGUGCAGAAUGACAGACUUUGACUGUGAAUUUGACAAUUUGUAGAUCCGUAGGGAACAUUUUACUGAUGCAUAAACAGAUUUAUUACAUAUUCACUCUUUCAUAUAAGCAGAAAUACAACACUGAUAUUAUACUUAACUGAUAUGUUCAUGUUUUCAUUCAUGUAUUUGCUUUUGAUAAACAGACAACCACAGGCACAUGACAGAUGCCUGUAUAAUCACUGUUUUUAUUAGUCUAGCAUGCAGAAUGGCUCAUAUCAUAUAAAGAUAACUGUUAAACAAGCAUCUACAUAAUGGAUCUGCCAGGGAUUUGGGCUCCACCGGGCAGUUUGGACAACUUCAAGCAUUUUCAUUUAGUUGAGAAGAACUGGAAGUCUACUGGCAGCAAGUCAAAGUGGUUUUCCAAAACAAACUCAAUUAUUUGACGCUGUGUUUACAGCGGUGAAAAAACACAGCGUGUCAGCGCCUGCUCCAAGAUCUCUGAGCUUCACUGAGCUGAUUGAUUGGGAUAUUCUCUUGGUAGUAAGCCUUCGUGUUGGGUCUCAUGAGAAGCUCUUUCUGAGUCGCGGGCAACACCAGCUUUGCAUGCAAUGAAGUGUGUCCCACCAGCUUUCAGAUGACGUCACAUCCAUUCGUGAUUGAAGUGUCUUGUUCAGUUUGGCAAUUACAUACUGUAUGUCUACUCAUGUAACUGUACUGUGUGACAAUUAAAAAAUCAUUUAUUUAAUAUAAAACAAUGUUGUGUUCACUUUUUGGCAUGAUAACAAGAUACAUAAUGUUUGAAAAUGAAAAUAAAAAUAUUCAUUGAAA